UUUUAAUCUGUCAGCCAAUGCAGUUUUGCUUCCUAACUUUGAUAUUCCUCUCUUGUCGCAUUCUCUCUUCAGAUCGAUUACUUUUAGUUCGUCGACUGGCUUCCCGUCCACCAGGACUGCCUCUUCGUCCGCCAUUUUGCUUAACCAACGCGAACUUCGAUGCAUACAUCAAGUAUUCUGAGUGUGUUCUGGGCAUAGUCAGCAACCUUCUCCACAAUGUUAAAACAGAAGGAGGCCGAGUCGUGGCGUCCAAGGAAGUCCUCCGUCACAUCCAGCUGGGUCAGCAGUGCAUGGACAGACUGGCUUCUCUUAUACAGGCAAUCGUUGCAACUCAGAAGUCACCUGUCGGUAAGCAAGGGGCACCUGCAGCACAGAAAGGACCAAGUGACCAGACACUGGAUCUCCGACUGGCUACAAGGUUCUCCCAGCCUGUCCCACCUCUCAACCCUGACAACUCCCCCUAUGCCUUCAGCAGAAAACACGGCCCCAGCCCGAUGGCGAUGGCAUACAAACAGAACCAACAGCUGAUGUCUGCCUACAAGGCCAGGCUGUCCCGGAUACAGAAGGGUCAGGCAGCGAGUAUGGCCUCAAUGCUGAGCCUGACUGUCCAGAGGAAGAUGGCGGAGAACCUUGCCAUAGCCAGGAUCCAUGAGGAGGCUCUUGCCAAAAAGAUGAACGAGAGACAGAGCAGACUUGAGGAGCAGGCUCAAAGGCGUUUUACAGCUCCCACAGGGAUGUCACAAGAGGAGCAGGAGCAGAGGCAGAUAUACAAGAAGAUUCUGGAGUAUGAGCAGGAUGCUAAAUGGCUGGUUGAUUGGAGAGAGAAACUCCAGAGUAACCCUGAGGACGAGAUCGUUAUCAACCAGUUGAUACAGGAGAUACUCAGGUGUUCAGAUCACCCACUGACUCAACUCUUAAAGACGUAUCAGUAUAAGAUCUAUGAGAGACUCUACCCCUUAGUGUCAAGCAAGAUGAUGAAACUGAAGGACAUUACUGUGCCGCUUCCUGUGUAUCUUUACCCUGUUGAUGAGAUAUCUGAUGGAGGGAGUAGCAAGGAACAGCCUUCAGAGACAGGUGCUUCUGGGAGUGUAACGGAACAGCCAGGAAGUGUUCAGGAAUACCACAGUGGUGAUUUCAAUAACUCGAAUAGUGGUGAGAAUUUAGUUAUUACUUCAAUGGAUUCUAGUCAGGAGGGUUUUGAUGAAGACAAACAAGAAGUGGCUAAGGGUGAUAAGACGUUUGAAAAUAAUAAUACAGUGCCACAAAGUGAAGUGAAAUCUAGUCAUGAACAUUCAGAUGAUGUAAGCUGUGAUACUGUAACUGAAGAAGCUAAAAUUGUGUCAGAAGCAGACUUGGUGAAUGAGGAUGAAGAGAUUUCUGAUGAAAUGAGGAGAAUUGUGAAAGAAAUGGACGAUAUUUACGAAAAAUCAAAAGAAGAUAUCAAAACUGCUAUUACAAAAGGGAACCAGUUAGAAAAACAGCUGACUAUUGAAAAUGAAAAAGCUAAAAGGAUACUCCAAAGAGUUUCUGAAUAUGAGAAAUACAAUGAGGAAAACAUGGAUGAUUUGUUUGACGAAGAAGGUGAUGAUGACGUUAUUGAAGGUGAUCCACCAGAGACAAAUAUUUCCUACGAUCCACAAAUACCAUCACGGUGCAUCCAAGACAAUGGGUCUUCUGAAAGCACAGACUAUAGGUUCUCAAGAGGUAUUCCGAAAUCGUUAUCCAUGGACUCUGGUUCAAGUAUGCCAACACCAGACGACAGUUCAAUGAAAUCAUCCCAAUCUGUGGACUCCUUAUCCAACCCUGAAAUGACCAAACUGGCAGAGGAGGCAUACAACAGACAUCUCAGUGGUAUUUCACAGGAUGUGCACAGCUUCAUGGAGAAGCUAUUAGUCAUGUUCACAAUUGCAUAUGAGCACCUUGACUCACCCACAGGCAGGGAUCAGUGCUAUGCUUCAUUAGAGGAGCCCUUCUUCAAACCCAUAUGGAAAUACCUGCUUGCUCUCUUCAGGUUAGCGAACAAACCUAAAGAAAUCCAGCUGGCCUACAGAAUGACUUCACAGAAAGGCUCUGAACCUAAAGACUUUGGUGUGUCAAAGAAGCUGUGGUUGGUGUCAUCUGAUGGCGAGAACAGGCUUCCAUAUGAUCAGGCAGUGGUGGAGCUGAAGAAAGUGAAGGAGUACUACACCAUGCUGAGCAAGCUGGAGUGUGUGGUGCGUGUGUGUCGGGAGGUGUGUUCGUGUGUGGAGCAGUACUACCUCUCCAGUGAAGCAGACACCAACAGGAAGACACCGAGUGUUGGUGCUGAUGACCUGCUCCCAAUCCUGAGCUACGUUGUGGUGAGGUCCCAGAUGCCACAGCUGGUCAGUGAAUGUCAAGCAAUGUCAGAGUUCAUUCAUGAAGGGUACAUCAUGGGGGAGGAGGGGUACUGUCUGACGUCCCUCCAGACUGCUGUCAGCUACAUCACAUCUCCAGAUGCAGCUUGUGUGUGAUCUGACAUCAACACACAUUCCACUGACCUGAUUCACUGGCUGCACUGUGAUACUCCUGGACAUCUUGUGCUGACGAGUGUGACGAAAUUCACACGACCUACACUUGCUUUGAAUUCUCAGUGAACAGAUUUUUGUCAACAACAAUAAUGUAUAGCUGUAGAGCCUCGAAGGAUGGGGUCAUAGCAAUGUUUCUCAUAAUUAUGAAUACAUAAGAUCUGACAGCUUGUUCAGCAGGUAUAAACUUCCAGUGACAUCAUACAUACAUUGUUUUACAGGGUUCUCUCCAUUCU